UUUUGUGUCCAAAAUCUGUGAUGUGGAUUUCUUUUCUUUGAUUAAAGAAGAGUGUCAAUGAAGUUGAGCUAGAGCAAUGGUUGAGGACAAUGUUGGAAGCUGCCAAAACACUCAAUGAGACCCCUGUGGUCCUCUCUCAUGAGUAGUAAACCCCAAGUUAAAAUUCCAGCACAUCUCUCUCUCUCUCUCAAUAAAAUAAAGUACACUUCAUCUAUGUCACAAGUAGAGAAAAAGCAGAAAACUUAGAAAGACUUGUGUACGUAGAAGAGGAAUACUAGUACUUUUCUAUGUUUAGUUGGAGAAAGGCUAGGGAAAAAGAAAAGAAAGCCAGUAUUAGGAUCCAGGACACAAUUAUAUAUAGAGAGAGAAUGAGUUGGGGGAGUUGAGUAGUGAUGAGAUGGGACAUCAUUGCUGCAGCAAACAAAAAGUGAAGAGAGGGUUGUGGUCUCCUGAAGAAGAUGAGAGGCUCGUCAAACACAUCACCACCCAUGGCCAUGGCUGUUGGAGUUCUGUUCCUAAACUAGCAGGUCUCCAAAGGUGUGGAAAGAGUUGCCGAUUGAGGUGGAUAAAUUACUUGAGGCCAGAUUUGAAAAGGGGAUCUUUUACCGAACAAGAAGAAAGAGUCAUCAUCGAUGUUCAUAGAAUUCUAGGCAAUAGAUGGGCUCAGAUAGCCAAACACUUGCCUGGUAGAACUGACAAUGAGGUGAAGAACUUUUGGAACUCAUGCAUCAAGAAAAAGCUCAUUGCACAAGGCUUAGACCCCAACACUCACAAUCUCCUCUCUUCCCACAAAAUCAAUGGCCACAGCAACAGUACUUCUGCAACCAAAAUGUCCCAUCAAAACACCUCAUCAGUUUUCUCCAUAAGUACUUCUUCACAUAGCAAUAAUGAUGCUUAUUUGGACAUGAAAACACCUUUUGUAACCUUACCUAAUUGUCUCUCGCCUUCUCAUCGUACUAAUUCUACCAAUCACAUUCCUAUCUCAUUGUAUGAAAACUCAACUAUUACAACUACUACUGUUGCUACUGCUGGUACCUCCACCGCCUUAGAGUACCCAAACCCUAACUUUGCUUCAAGUUUCAGAAAUCAAAACACGCAUUCUCUGAUGGAGUUUGGCAGCCGAUGUUCAAUGGAAAUGGCAACGCUUCCAUCCUAUUCCUUAAACCCGUCCGGGUUUGGUAUUCUUGAUGAGAAUUGCAUAUGGAGUUGUAAUAAUAGUACUACUGGAUUGGAAGGCUUUGAACCGACGCGGCGAGAUAUGAUAAUGCAGGUACAACAGGAUCAACAACAAGAGCCACAACAAGCAAGGGCUAAAUUUGAAGGGCAGCAAAACACUAACAUGGAGAAUUUAUUGAUUGGAAACAUGAGCUCUAACUUUGAUUUUGAUUUUGUUGAGUCUGCACUUAUGCCUUGUGGAUUGUAUGGAAAUGUGAGUCCCAUGGAUGAUCAACUUGCAUGGGAUUAAUUGUUGAUCAAUAUUUCACAUUCAUGUAUUCUUUUGCCCUUUUAAUUUGUUCAUAUUCUUACAUUUUACUUUUGAGUCUUCAUAAUUAAUCUUCAAAAAAUUAGUGUGGUGUGUUAAUAGCUAGAACUGAUCUUUAUCUUAAUUAUUAUAAAUGGCCAAUAUCUAUUCCUCUCGA